AUGGAAGUUUUGAAUAUGGGCUUUGAACCUUAUGCAGUGAUUGUGAAUGGAAUAUGGAAGCAACUCUGUUUAAAGGUGUUCCCUGAGAUGUCCACUGUUACUCGUGCUAUUGAAAUUAGUAACAUUGUAGAACCUGUGGAAUCCAGGACCAAUGAGCCUAUUGAAUGGGCAUGUCUGAAACGGGACCAUAAAGUAUAUGCAUUUUUGGCUCAAGGUAUUGCCUCCUUCCCAAGAAAAGAAUGCUUGUCUGAGGCACUUGGUGCUUCAAGCACUGACAAUUACCCAGAUGAAAGCAUUCAGAAUACCCCGGAACCAAGUGACAGGAUUGAUCAGAGACCUUCUUACUGGUCGAGCAAGGGUGAAAUUGAUUCUGCAGUCCCUGAGACAUUAACGUAUAAAUUGAUGGCCAAACUCUGUGUGAUUACUGAAAUCCAUAUUCAACCAUUUCAAGUUUGGUUCCCCCAUAUAUCCAGCAAAGGCUGUAAGAUUUUUGAUGGGGGAUUUGUAUUGCUGGAGAAUUGUUUGCAAAAGUUCAAGCUGCCAGAACCUGUCCUCUGCAUUGGAGGGAUUCUGCAAGUCCAGCUAUUGGGUAGAGUGCAGAAACAAGAAAUAGAUAGUUUGUAUUACAUAUGCGAGAGGGAUUUUUCUCGCAUUCACAGGUUUGGUGCAAGUAUAAGAGAUUGGGAGCACAUGAUCCUCAACACAUUACCCGGUGCUAGAUGGAUUAUGGUAAAUGACUACGACUACGACGGCGACGGCGAGGACGAUGAUUUAGAUGACCAGUAUAACUAA